CCACCCUGCCUUCCCCACAGUUCCAGGAAGCCUGGUCAACAGGCGCUUCACAUCUUUCCUGCAGCUCCCAGCGGACCGCCCAGGCCGUCCAGCACCAACGGAAAACCGUUUUCAGGAGGUGGAGAGGACACGACUGACUACCCGGAAAUAACUCAGUCGUCUGGGAUUAACUAGCACCCGGUGGAGGGCUCGUAGAUCGGCAUCAAUGUCCAGGUCAGACUACCCCCCAGCCUACGAUGACUCACGUGGCCCUCUCACUGGGCCUCAGGGCGGGGGCUACCCUCCAGCACCGCCGGCGUACGGCUUCCCCAGCUUCGGUGGUCUUCAGCCAGGCCAGCCCCCUGCUCCCUACCCUGCUAGUCCAAAUGUCCCUCUGUACCCGGGCCAGCCAGGGGGAUAUCCUCCCGGUCCUUACCCAGGACAACCUCAACCCUCUGGGCCUCCAGGUCCAGGCUACUACCCUCCUCCUCCCCCCAUGCCUCCUAUAAUCCCUCCUACCAUUCCAUCAGAUGUCCUGAACUCAGGUGAUGAUUUUGCAGCAAGUGGCAGCGGCUGGGACAACCUGAGCAUUCGACACGCCUUCAUCAGAAAGGUUUAUAUGAUUUUGGCGUCUCAGCUCCUCCUCACCACCGCCAUCGUGGCCAUCUUCACAUUUGCUGUCCCUGUUAGGACAUUUGUUCAGAGGAACCCGGCCGUUUACUGGGCAUCGUAUGCCAUUUAUUUCAUCACCCACAUAGUGCUGGUGUGUUGUAAGGGCCCACGGAGGAAGUUCCCCUGGAACGUCAUUCUGCUGCUCAUCUUUACUCUGGCUUUGUCCUACAUGACUGGCACUAUAUCCAGUUACUACGACACCAAAGCUGUGUUUCUGGCUCUCGGCAUCACCGCAGUCGUGUGUAUCGCCGUCACAGUCUUCUGCUUCCAGACAAAGGUGGACUUCACCAAGUGCCAGGGCCUUUUCUGUGUCCUUGGGAUUGUGGUAUUUGUGACUGGAAUCAUUACAGCUAUUGUGCUUUCCUUCAAAUACAUCCUGUGGCUUCACAUGCUUUAUGCAGCGAUCGGAGCCAUAGCUUUCACUCUGUUCCUGGCAUACCACACACAGCUGCUGAUAGGAAACAGGAAGCACUCGAUCAGUGAGGAGGAGUAUGUGUUUGCUGCUCUCUCGAUCUACGUCGACAUCGUCCAAAUCUUCUUGUUCCUGCUGCAGAUUAUAGGAGCUGCUACCAAAUGAAACUUUCAGCGUGCAAACUGGGUCAGCUGGGGGCUGUGGCGCAUCAAGCUGCCGUCUCUACUUUAUUUUCAUCUCCUUUUCCAGGAAAAAAAAAUACAUUUUUCUAAUCAGGGAACACAUCUAAGGGCUGAGUUUGAGAUUAGACCUAUACUCCAAAAAGCACGUUUAUACUUUAUCUAAUGGGACUAGAGUGUCAGCUGUCGUUUCUCCUCUACCAGGGAUGAACAUUAUUCUCAGCUUACUUUAUAUCACACAGCUCUAAAUAAUUCCUUGGUGGUUCGGAGAAGAGGUCUGCUUUAUGGCAUGAAGACACUUCUGUGCAUUUGUUAGUGUUCAGUCAGAUUAGGGAGUGUUUCCCAGCAGGGCGGAGAUUUUUCCACAUUACUGGGAUUUAAGUUCAAAAGCCGCACCCUGCUGGAGCGCCACGCUUCUUUACGUAUAAACAAGCCAAAGAUACACAGAGCCUUUAUUCAGACAGACGGGAUAAAAAGCAGAGAGGUGAAACGUUGUAAAUACAUAUUAUUAGAAUCUGUUUGACUUUUUAAUAUUAAACUUUUUCUUGAGUC